CCUCCGGACACGUUUGGAGGUAACACAGCACAAAAAUAAAAAAGCCCUGAGUUUAGUUAGUCAUGUACCGCUGCAUGUCCAGCUUAUUUUUUCUGAAGAGAGGGAGGAGCCUAACGAACACGUCAUUCUCCAAGCCACUGUCAUGGAUCACAGAAAUCAAGCGCACACCAGCAGCUUUUAACUGCUUUUUAUGCCAGUGCAUACAUUUAACCUCAAACAGUCCACUACCUCAUGGGACACUAAACACUCAGCAGCAAAGUUCGACACCCAGACCACCCUUACCCCGAUACAUGAGCUCAAGCGCACCCAGAAGAAGGUUGCCAAGUGCCUUUCCAGUAUUAGACGGUGCAUUUCAGCCAAUACACAACCAUGUAUUUGAAGCAAAUUCAUGUAACAGCCAGGUGUGUCGCAAAAGGUACAUGGAGCUCAAGAAGAAAGUGUUGAAGGGAGGAGGUGAAAAUGCCAUAGCUCGUCACACACAGAAGAACAAGAAGGUUCUAGUCAGAGAUAGACUACGCAUGCUGUUGGAUGAUGAAGAUUAUCUAGAACUGUCGCCAUUUGCUGGGCUGGGUUUACCCUAUGGAGACAUUCCAUCAGCUGGCUGUUUCACAGGUGUUGGUAAAAUAAACGGACUGUGGUGUGUGUUCAUUGCUAAUGAUGCCACAGUGAAAGGAGGUACAGCAUAUCCUAUUACAGUAAAGAAACAGCUCCGAGCACAAGAAGUGGCUAUUCAGAAUCGUCUGCCGUGUGUGUACUUGGUUGACAGUGGCGGUGCAUUUUUACCACUUCAGUCAGACAUCUUCCCUGAUAAGAACCAUGGUGGCCGCACUUUUUACAAUGAAGCUGUAAUGUCAGCAAUGAAGAUUCCACAGGUGGCAUUGGUGUGUGGAUCAUGCACAGCUGGUGGAGCUUAUGUCCCCACCAUGGCAGAGGAGGCAGUGAUUGUGCACAGGAUAGGGACCAUAUUUUUAGGUGGUCCACCCCUGGUUAAAGCUGCUACAGGUGAAGAAGUGACUCCUGAAGAUCUUGGAGGGGCAACAUUGCACUCCAAAGUGAGUGGCUGUGUGGACCAUUUUGCUGCUGUGGAGAGUGAGGGGUACGAGUGCACCAGGAACAUCAUCUCCACUCUCAACUUUGAGCUCCCAGAGGAGAGCACCACUGAGGUGGAGGAGCCCCUGUACAGUGCUGAGGAGCUUAUGGGCCUUGCACCAAAGAGCUACAAUUACAGCAUGGAUGUCAGACUGAUUGUCAGUCGGCUGACUGAUGGUAGUCGGUUGCAGGAGUUCAAGGCUUGCUAUGGUACCACUCUCCUUACCGGAUUUGCCAGAAUCGAAGGACAUCAGGUUGGCAUUGUAGCGAACAAUGGGGAGCUGACGUAUGAAGCCUCUCUGAAAGGUAGCCAUUUUGUUCAGCUGUGUGAUCAGAGAGACAUCCCUCUAAUCUUCCUGCAGAACACGGCCCCACAGCCUGUCCACACUCUCUCACAAGCCAAGGCAGAGAUGAACACUAACAGACUCAAAGCUCAGGGAUCCAUGAUGUCUGCUGUGGCCUGUGCUUCUACUCCUAAGAUCACUGUGGUCAUUGGAGGCUGUCAUGGUGGUGACAGCUAUGCCAUGUGUGGAAGGGCUUUUGACCCCAACUUCCUGUUUCUGUGGCCCAGUGCUAGAGUGUCGAUUUUGGCCCCAGGUCAUGCUGGUGCUUUGGUGCAGGAAGAAAAGGAGACCAUGCGCAUUAAUGACCAGCUGGAAAAAGAGAGCACAGCAUUCUUCUCAUCAGGCAGGCUUUGGGAUGAUGGAGUGAUUUUUCCACAAGACACCAGGAAGGUGUUGGGCAAAUGUUUGAAAAUCAUCAAACAACAGGAGUACCAGCUGUCUAAAGAGAAGCAGAAAUCUCCCCUUUUUCGACUGUAACACUACCUCUUAACAGUCUUAUUUAGAAACUUUUUAUAUGACUACCUCCAUUUAUGAGGACUUCUGUUUUAUAGAGUACAGUUAACCUGUAUUGUAAUCAGCAGCAACUGCAUUGUUGCUUUUUGUGCAUAUACAAAAAUAAAUAA